UGACAUGCUUAUGCUUGAGAAUCAAUUGCCUAUGUUGGUUCUUCAUACCUUAGUUGAGAUUGAGAGUGAUGGCCAACCCCAGGAGGAUGAUGAAUUAUUGAACAAGCAAAUGCUAAGAUUCCUGUCCCCAACGACAGCCAUAAGGGGUAAAAUGGGAAAAUGCAUGCAUGCAUUGGACGUAUACAGAAAGGGCCUUGUCAUGCAAGGACCAACCCACCCAACACGUAUCGUAAAAUCCACAACCCAUAGAAACUGCUGCUACAGGUGGUUCACGGCGGACUCCGAGUACAGCACCACCGAUGAGAUCAUCCGCUCUGCCACCGAGCUCCAUGAAGCCGGCAUUUGGUUUAGGAAAUCAAGCAGUCACAGCCUUCAAGACGUCUCUUUCGACCGCGGCAUACUUCGACUGCCGACCAUGGUGGUCGACGACACCACCGAACCCAUGUUCCUUAAUCUCAUGGCGUUCGAGCGACUCCAUGUUGGAGCAGGCAACGAGGUAACAUCAUAUGUGUUCUUCAUUGACACUAUAAUUGACGAUGAGAUAGACGUUGCCUUGCUCCACAGGAGAGGGAUCCUAGUGAAUGCCUUAGGGUGUCACAAGGACGUGGCCAAGCUCUUCAACUCGCUGUCCAAGGACAUCACUGCGGACCGCCAAGGGGUUCUGGACGUGGUGCAGAUGAGCUUGAGCAACUACUGCAAGAAGCCAUGGAACAAGUGGCGCGCCAAUCUCAUCCACACCUACUUCCGAAACCCCUGGGCUAUGAUCUCACUUGUUGCCGCCAUCCUCCUAUUUGCACUCACCAUUGUUCAAACAGUGUAUGCUAUUCUUGAUUUUUACCGAAGUAACAAUGGUGAUGGCUCCCCCCCAGCUACUAAGCCACCUAGGCUACCAAGGCUAAGCUCUUAUCCAGACUACUACUUUACUCCCUAGUGAAUCUUCUCCGUUAAUUCAUGUAAAUCAUCUUGUUUUUUAUUUAUUUUUUCAUGUUUUCUCCUUAUUAUUACUUGUGUGAUAUUGUUUCAUUAAUUAACGUAGUCAUGCAUAUAGAGCACUUUAUUUUAAUGAACACUGUUCUUUUAAUUUGGAAUAAUAAGAACAGGA